AUGUCAGAACAAGUAAAGAACGAAGAUCAAGAAUUGAGAAUCCAGUGGGAAAAGAGGGAGGCAAGGAGUAUUUGGAGUGGAGAAGGACCCGUGGACGCGGAGGCCAAGGCAUUAGUCAUCCAAAAUCUGGGCAGGCAGGGCAAUUCCACCGGUGGCAAAGUGUACAACGUCCAUCUACAUCAGAAGUGUUGA